GCGCUCAGAGCAGCUGGAGGGGAAACAAGAGCACAUAAAUAACCCACGGUUUCUUUAUAUUAAGUUUAUUUUAAAGACUUAACCCACUUUUGGGAAGGUUUUGAGGGUUAUACGUGAAGUUCAGAGGAUAGACGCUGCGUUAGGAAGAAGCUGGAGGUCUUAUGAAGCCGCACCGUUCAGAGAUGAGAAGCCUCAGAACAGCAUAAUCACCCUGAGCCAGCUCCGAGAGGAGCGAUGGGGGAAACGGAGGACCAGAGGAGCUCUCAGGCCAGCCAGCUCUUUGAGAACUUUGUUCAGGCCUCCACGUGUAAAGGCACCCUCCAGGCUUUCGGCUUGCUGUGCAGGCUACUGGAGCUCGACCCGGCCGAUCACAAAGGCUUCUACUGCAGCCUGAAAGCGGCAGUCACUUCCUGGAAGGCCAAAGCCCUGUGGGCCAAGCUGGACAAACGAGCCAAUCACAAGGAGUACAAGAAAGGCCAAGCAUGUGCAGACAUCAAGUGUCUGAUCAUCGGCGGAGGACCCUGCGGAUUGCGUACAGCCAUCGAGUUGGCUCUCCUCGGCGCCAAAGUGGUGCUGAUUGAGAAGAGAGACUCUUUCUCCAGGAACAACGUUCUCCACCUUUGGCCUUACACAAUCCACGACCUCAGGAACCUCGGCGCCAAGAAGUUCUACGGCAAGUUCUGCGCCGGCGCCAUAGACCAUAUCAGUAUUCGCCAGCUGCAGCUGAUCUUGCUGAAGGUGAGCCUCAUCGUCGGGGUGGAGGUGCACGUGAACGUCGAGUUCCUCAAACUCCGCGAGCCACCUACAGAGCAGGAGAAUGAGGGACCUGGAUGGAAGGCAGAAAUACAUCCCGCCGGCCACCCCGUCUCUGACUACGAGUUUGAUGUGUUAAUAGGAGCUGAUGGACGCAGAAGCACGCUAGAUGGGUUCAAAAGAAAGGAGUUUCGUGGUAAGCUGGCCAUCGCCAUCACAGCCAACUUUGUAAACCGCAACACCACAGCGGAGGCCAAAGUGGAGGAGAUCAGCGGCGUGGCCUUCAUCUUCAACCAGAAGUUCUUCCUGGAGCUAAAGGAAGAGACUGGGAUUGAUUUGGAGAACAUCGUGUACUACAGGGACAACACGCACUACUUUGUCAUGACCGCGAAGAAACAGAGUCUGCUGGAUAAAGGGGUUAUUAUUCACGACUACAUAGAGACCGAACGGCUCCUUCACAGUGACAACGUCAAUCAGGAAGCUCUGCUCUCCUACGCCCGAGAGGCGGCUGACUUCGGCACCAACUACCAGCUGCCAUCACUGGACUACGCCAUGACCCACAACGGACAGUCUGACGUGGCCAUGUUCGACUUCACCUGCAUGUACGCGUCGGAAAACGCGGCACUCAUCCGAGAGAAGAACGGACACCAGCUGCUCGUGGCUCUGGUUGGAGAUAGCCUCCUGGAGCCCUUUUGGCCCAUGGGGACAGGAUGUGCUCGAGGCUUCCUGGCUGCAUUCGACACGGUGUGGAUGGUGCAGGGCUGGGCUCAGGGCAAAGCCCCCCUCGAGGCGCUGUCUGAGAGGGAAAGCAUCUACAGGCUGCUGCCUCAAACCACGGCAGAGAACAUCAGCAAGAACUUUGAGCAGUACACCAUCGAUCCUGCAACCCGCUACCCCAACCUCAACUCCACCUGUGUCCGACCGCAGCAGGUUCGGCAUCUGUACAUCAACGGGGAGCAGAGCUCGUGCUCGCUGGAGCGUAGCGGAUCUACACGCAGGUCUGGCACCAUCUCUAGGAAAGAAUCAGAGGUACGGCCCAGCCGCUUGUUGCUGUGGUGCCAGAAACAGACGCAAGGAUACAGAGGAGUAAACGUAACCGAUCUCACAACAUCCUGGAGGAGCGGCCUCGCGCUCUGCGCCCUCAUCCACCGCCAACGCCCAGACCUCAUUGAUUUUGAUUCUCUGAAUGAAGAGGACAGCGCCAAGAACAACCAGCUCGCGUUUGAGGUGGCAGAGAGGGCAUUCAGCAUCCAGCCUCUCGUCACGGGGAAGGAAAUGGCGCAAGAGCAGGAGCCCGACAAGCUGGUCAUGGUGCUGUACCUGUCAAAGUUCUACGAAAUGUUCCACAGCAACUCCCUUCCUGCUUCAGGGACUCCAAGAGAAGCCAACGAGAACAACGAGGACGUUUCAUCCAACUCCGUUUACAACUUGAUGAACCUCACGCUACCCAGGAAACGGGUUCCAAAGGACGAAGACAAUGACGUAAACAAGAAGAGACGAAAAGCCAUCUACCUGGAAGAGCUGUCCAAACAGAGCACUUCGACUGCGGUGGAGGAGGGCGAGCAAAAGGAGAAUAAAGUGCGCUCCAUGGCGACGCAGCUUCAGGCAAAGUUCGAGGAGAACGCACCCAACUGUGUCCUGCGUCGCCAGUCGGAGUCUAAUCCGUGUUCUAUGGACAUGACUGAAAACCCUCGCUUUGCUAAACCCAAGCUCCAGUCCUCACCCCUAUCUUCUCCUAAACCCAAGUGGCAGCCGUCCCCUUACUUGAGACUCCUCGAGUCUCAAAUGCAGCCUGCUCACAAACAAGGAAACCUGGAAACCACACACGUACAAAUUCAGUCAUUUUUCCACACCACAGAUGACCAGUCAGGGUUCCAGGCAUCAGAAUCCCAGUUCACUUGUCAAACAACAGAACACUGGUCUCACCAUGAACCCCCAACCCCCCAGACUGGUUACUCAGCCCCUGAAUCUCGACCCAGUCUGCAAUGCCUUUCUGUCUCGGCUCCUCGUCUGUUGACCCUGAAGCACGUCGUCUAUCCCAAAGAGCAACCGCUGAUCACGUCGAAGUCCUCAGAAAACCCGUUCUCCGCGCCUGCUCUGGGAGGGAUGCUGCAGCGACUAAAGCUUCUGGAAGACGAGAACGCUCAGAAGGCGGUCCAGAAGCAAAGCGCACGCGAGUUCAGCAAAAAAAGCAUAAGAGAACGAGCAGAGCAGCUGAGCGUCCUCUUCUCUGGCACUCCGUCUCAGGCAGUUGGGACUUCUCCAUCUCUUGCUUCUUCUCCUCCGAAAGCUCUUUCGUGUCCAUCUCUCCCUGAGCCUUCUGCUCUAUCCUGUCUGCUUUCUCCUCUUCCUGAAACUCAGCCCAAGCAGUGUAACGGACAUUCUGAGUCUGAUCAGACUGCCCACGAUGACCACGGGCAAAAAAUCUGCUCCAAACGUGUACAAUACCUCGAUCCUUCCAAACAGAGGACAGUGGGGAAGGUUUCCUCUGUGAUCGGUGUCAAAGCCGCUACUCUCGCCAUCCUUUACGAAACUGAUCACAGACCCAACAACCCUUAUACUCUUUCACUGACCGACGCCAGGAGAUGCCAGCAGUCUGGUUCGGUUAGCCUUCGGAAGGAAUUUGCCCCCGGGAUGGGCGGCAGCGACACCUGCCACUUCUGUAAGAAGCGUGUGUAUGUGAUGGAGCGACUGAGUGCAGAGGGUUACUUCUUCCACAGAGAGUGUUUCCGCUGUGAAGUCUGCAGCGCCACCCUGAGGCUGGGAGGACAUGUGUUCGACCAAGGCACUUUCUACUGCAAGCUGCACUUUUCCCAGCAUAAAACCAGCCACAGGCUCCGGAAACCAGAGGUCUACGGAGGCGUCGUGUCCGUGCUUGGAGAUCCUGAUGGUGAUGGGUUCUCGUCCAAAGGGGGCCUUCACAGCCAGCCUUCAGUGCACAAGGACCACAUCCAGAAAGCACCCAAGGAUGCCGAGAAUACGGCUGAGAGCUCAGCAGAGACGAACCCCUCAGGUCUUCCCGAGUUCACCAGCAACAGCAGAGAUGGAAGUCUUGCGGUUCUUGCCACAGAGUCCGAGCCACUCGACAAAGUGGAGAAAUCGUACGCCAGAGGGGAAAUCACCAUCAGAAACCAUCACUGGAGAAGGAAGAUCAGAGCAACUUUUCCUCUGAUUCUGGUUAAGGUGUUCGAACAAAAAGAAGGAGGAGACGAUGCUCUCUUAGAAGAAGAUGCAGAUUCGGAUUUUGAGGAGCUACAUGCACUGGAGCCUGAAAACCACGCUGCAGACUCUCACUGCCCUCUUCAGCAGCAACCCGAGAAAUCAGCUGUAGCUGAGAUUCCCCGUUAUCGCACGCAUUUUAUUUCAUCCACUCCCAAACCGAACGCUUGUUCUCCAGAGCAGCAGUCCGACGCUUGCACGAGCGGACCGGACCAGCAGAACUCUUUCAGCCCGAAGAAAAAGCUCACUCUCUCCACUCGAAAGGAAAGGCUACUGAAUUGGGACCUGACCACUCCUGGACAGUUUUCAUCCACGCUUACAGCCACAGAACAAGCAGAAAAGUACAUCAGAAGACCUGACAACUUGACAAAACCUCAAACCAAUCCAGAACCUCAACCAGAACCGAGUCCGAUUCCUGCUGAACCGGAGUCUAGCCCUCCUCUCUCAGGUUUCCAGCUAUGGGCCAGCGUGCUGAGGAACUCUUUUUCUGGAGGAGGAAACAAUUCCAAAGUAAUAAAGAGAAACCAUCCUCCCAAAACAAGGCCACACUCUGAGGGCUCCUUCAGCUUCCUGUUUGGCUCCUCCACUGAGAACCAGGAGGAGGACGUGGUAUCACGAUCCAGAGCGGCUACGGAAGGGAUCCACGGCAGAACGGCGAGCAGGAGCGAGAUCACGACCAUGCUGAAGCAGGUGGCGCUCAGCAACAAGCCGUCGGAAGCUUCCAAAGACGACAUGGCCUCCCUGCCACCAAGGAAGCUCAACUUCUUCUCCUCGAUGCGGCUGAAGAGGAAUGAGGGAGGAGACAGGAGCAAGACGGAGAACCAGACGAAGGACGUUUGGAGCAUUCUGUCCAAAUUCAAAAACAAAGCAUCGUCACAACGGCAUCAACAGCAAGAUGAAGGCGACUAUUCAUCCAGCGAGGAAGAGCAGAAAUUCGUCUCACAAAGGUCUGAAUCGUGGCACUCGGACAGACGGAGAAAGCAGCAGGAGAAAACGCUGAUCAUGCAAACUAAGAGAGAGCACCUGAAACGGCUUCACAGGGCUCAGGUUAUCCAGAGGCAGCUGGAGGAGGUUGAGGAGAAGCAGAGAUCUCUGGAGGAAAGGGGAGUGAUGCUGGAGAAGGUGCUCAGAGGAGAGAGGGAGGAUGCGUCAGCGGAUGAAGCCGAGCUCCUGCACAUGUGGUUUAAACUGGUCCUGGAGAAGAACAAGCUGGCGAGAUACGAAUCGGAGCUCAUGAUCUUCGCUCAGGAGCUGGAGCUGGAGGACACACAGAGUCGGCUUCAGCAGGAUCUCAGAUGCAGGAUGGGUAUUGAAGACUGUAAGAAGAGCACAGCGGAGCUGGAGGAAGAACAGCGAUUGCUGGACCAGGUGAUGAAGGUGGUGGAGAAACGAGAUCAGUUGGUGAGCCUGCUCGAGGAACAACGGCUGCAGGAGAAAGCGGAAGACCGCGACCUCGAGGGUCUCAUUCUUUCCAAGGGUUACCAGUUUCACUGGGCAUGACUGAAACACACUCGCACACAAAUUGCGUGUGUCUGAGGGAGUACAAGUGCAUGUGCGAGCGAGUGUCUGAGUGUGUGUGAACGAAAGUGUGUGUAAGAGGGUGUUUGAUCGAAUGUCUGAGCGAUUGACUUAACGAUUUUGUGCGUGAGGAAAAAGCAAGUUGAAAAAAGGGAAACCUUUCAGCACUCGUGCUGUCGAGAUUUGACUUUUCCUCCUUUUUCUGACUGAAACAAACCCAUUUCACGUUUUAUAUUUUACACCUGAUUCUAGAGUCUGGGUUUCCUGAACAGCAGGAGACCCUGCAGCUGCUUUUUACAUAAAGAAUCGUCCGGGACGCGUCUCAUCGUAACCCUUAACCUGCGCUAAUGAGUUUAUUUAUUAUAUACAGCAAUAGUGAACUUUAACACUUGAUGUAACACAAAAUGUAACACUGAAACACUACAAUUGUGUGUGUGUGUGUGUGUGUGUGUGUGUGUGUGUGUGUGUGUGUGUGUGUGUGUGUGUGUGUGAGAGAGAGCGUGUGUAUGAAUGUAGUCACUGUUCUGAUUUUAACGUCUCAGCUGUCAGGCUUGAAUGUAAAGUUGUUCACGUUUCAUCUUAACGUUCACUCGUGGUGUUUGUUGAUUGUUUGACUCGUUUGUCACAUUGAAUCUGUUCGUUAUUUAUUUAAUGAGGGGAAAAACAGCCGAACGAGGAUGGAUUUCAUUUAAUAAAGACUGCAAACUCUGUUUGCUGAUGGAUUUUUAAAAGCGUCUUGAUUUUACAUUUUAGGUGGAAUUUCCGUUUCACCGGAAGCAAUUAUUUUCCUGUAAAACCUCAUUCUGAACUGCUUCAUUCCUCUUCUAUCUUUAUUGGGGUCCAUGUCCUGGGAAGGCCAGACACUCGCACACACCUGUUCACAGCUGGAUGAAGGUUUGCAUGGACAGUGCGUGUACGUAUGUUUUUAGGAGAUGGAAGGAAACCAGGAGAACCUGGAAGAACUUCAUAGUGAGAAUAUUGAGAAUGAUUUUACUUUAUUUCAGGAUCGAACCAGUGAGAAUUUUCACUGCAUUGCACCAAUACUGUUGAUUUAUUUAUAACUUAAAGAAAGACACGGGUUCUAUUUAGAUUUAAUGUUCUGAAAUGUCUAUUGGGAUCUUCAACGUUUUUUCAGUCAAGGACCCCUUCGGUGAUGGAGACUUGCGGCAGGGACCCCCUGAUUAAAAAAUGUGUCAAAUAAAACCACUGAUAUUAAUAGAAACCAAUCAUAUUACGCUGGUUAUGUAAGAGAAUUUGAACUGUUGUUGUUGUACAUGCAUCACUGUCUGUAUAUUUACAUAUAUUUUUAAAUCUUUCGAAAAGAUUUACGCAUUAAAAUCUGAAUUUAAGUUGUU